AUGGCCUGGUUAAGGAGAUACCUGAGAAUUCCACAAGAAUUGCGACCAUCAGAAGUCUUCAAGCAGGACUCGCUUUCACCGUUAAAAAUAACGAUUCAGAUUAUUCUUCUACAGCUAUUCUAUUACGCUACUGCGUACGUGUUGUUUUACGGAUGGUCACGACUGGGCGGGUAUGACGUGCCUGUCAGCCAGUGGCUAUUCUCGUGGGAGUCAAUUGAUUUUUCUAACUCGCUGGGCCUGACACUGUCCUUGCUGUGGCUCCUGGAUGCGCUUAUAUGCGUAUUGUUCUUGACAGUGAUUGUGGGUCGCAGUAAGUUGGCGUGGGACUUUGGCAUUACCAUUCACGCCGUCAACUUACUUAUAGUGUGGGUCAAAACAGGAAGAUGGCCCAGCCUGUCCUGGUUCACGGUCCAGUUGCUAUCGUCGCUCAUCUUGGUGUUUCUAGGAACGUGGUCCUCUAGGUGGCGAGAGCUCAGAGAUACGUUUUUUGACGGGUUGGUAGACCCACAUAUGGCAUCGAACGAAAUCGUAGCCAAGCCCGAGUCUGACGGGCCUAGUCAGGGCGGCUUGGAAAUGAAAGACUUAGAAGCUCAAAAAUGA